AUGCUACGACUUGUCGUCAAUACAAUUCUGGCGACACUCUAUUCUGUCAUCACUCUCCUGUUACCGAGCUUCCAGCACGGAGGCACAAGCAAAGACUUGGAUGAGGCUAUCGUAUUUGACAGGGAAGUGUUGGCCUUGCACCCCAUCGGUCACCCAGAUCGGUCCUCAUCAUUAAAUGAUCUCGCGAAUGAUCUCGCCGCCCGCUUUGAGCACCGAGGCAACGAAGAAGACUUGGAUGAGGCUAUCGCACUUCAUACGGAAGUGCUGGCUUUGCACCCCGUCGGUCACCCAGAUCGGUCCAUAUUAUUAAAUAACCUCGCGAAUGAUCUCUCCUCCCGCUUUGAGCACCGAGGCAACGAAGAAGACUUGGAUCAGGCUAUCGCACUUCAUACGGAAGCGCUGGCCUUGUGCCCCGUCGGUCACGCAGGUCGGUCCAUGCCAUUAAAUAACCUCGCGAAUGAUCUCUCCUUCCGCUUUGGGCACCGAGGCAACGAAGAAGACUUGGAUGAGGCCAUCGCACUUCAUACGGAAGUGCUGGCUUUGUGCCCCGUCGGUCACACAGAUCGGUCUAAUUCAUUAAAUAACCUCGCGAAUGAUCUCUCCUCCCGCUUUGAGCACCGAGGCAACGAAGAAGACUUGGAUGAGGCCAUCGCACUUCAUACGGAAGCGCUGGCUUUGUGCCCCGUCGGUCACAUAGAUCGGUCCAUGUCAUUAAAUAACCUCGCGAAUGAACUCUCCUCCCGCUUUGAGCACCGAGGCAACAAAGAAGACUUGGAUCAGGCUAUCGCACUUCAUACGGAAGCGCUGGCCUUACGCCCCGUCGAUCACCCAGAUCGGUCCUCAUCAUUAGAUACACUUGCAAAUCGUCUCUCCUCCCGCUUUAAGCACCGAGGCAACGAAGAAGACUUGGAUGAAGCUAUCGCACUUCAUACGGAAGCGCUGGCCUUGUGCCCCGCCGGUCACCCAGAUCGGUCCAUGUCAUUAAAUAACCUCGCGAAUGAUCUCUCCUCCCGCUUUGAGCACCGAGGCAACGAAGAAGACUUGGAUGAGGCCAUCGCACUUCAUACGGAAGCGCUGGCUUUGCACCCCGUCGGUCACCCAGAUCGGUCCAUAUCACUAGAUAACCUCGCAUUUCAUCUCUCUUCCCGCUUUAAGCACCGAGGCAAAGAAGAAGACUUGGAUCAGGCUAUCGCACUCCAUACGGAAGCGCUGGCCUUGCGCCCCGUCGGUCACACAGAACGGUACAUGUCAUUAGUUAACCUCGCGAAUUGUCUCUCCUUCCGCUUUAAGCACCGAGGCAAAGAAGAAGACUUGGAUGAGGCCAUCGCACUUCAUACGGAAGCGCUGACUUUGCACCCCGUCGGUCACACAGAUCAGUCCUCAUCAUUAAAUGACCUCGCGAAUGAUCUCUCCUUCCGCUUUAAGCACCGAGGCAACGAAGAAGACUUGGAUCAGGCCAUCGCACUUCAUACGGAAGCGCUGGCUUUGCACCCCGUCGGUCACACAGAACGGUCCAUGUCAUUAAAUAACCUCGCGAUUGGUCUCUCUUCCCGCUUUGAGCAUCGAGGUAACAGAGAAGACCUCGACGAGGCACGCGGGAAACUCUUUUGUGCAUUGAAUCUGCUUAGCCAACAUGAUCCUUUUCGACUAUCAGUCCAUAAUUCGCUAGCCAGUGUCUAUCUAUCAUACCAUCGUUCAGGGCUUGACGACAUUGGUGCGGGCGAAGAUACGGACAGCCUCGAUGUUGCUAUGUAUCACCUCAAGUCAGCAGCAAAUGUUGUCUCUGGAGGCCCGCUAUCCCGCUUACAAAACAGCUUCCUCUGGGUUCGCUAUGCUGAACAACACAGACAUGAUACUCAAUUGGAGGCAUAUGAGACUUCGAUGAAACUCAUGGACGCUUACAUGUCCAUGACAGCUUCAGUAUCCUCUCGUCAUAGGGCCAUGAAGGACUUCCCACUGGCACUUGCCGUGGAUGCUGCAUCGUGUGCUCUUCGUAGCGGUGACGUGUGUCGUGCUGUUGAGUUGUUGGAGCAAGGCAGGACUGUCAUCUGGACUCAGAUGACACGACUCCGCAUGCCUCUUGACGGUCUCCAGACACGCGGUGAUCAUGCAGCGGCCCUCUUGAAGAGAUUCAGAGAGCUUAGCUCCCUCCUCGAUAAACCUCCUGCGAGUCAUCCAGACUCAACGUCAAGAGUCAAUGUAGACGCAGAAGAAACCCGGUACAGACGUCUAGUGAAGGAGUGGAACAGUGCUGUAGAAGAGAUCCGGAACAUCGAGGGCUUCUCUCGCUUCCUCCUCCCCCCCUUAUUCUCCGAUCUUCAAGAAGCAGCUCGUGAAGGGCCCAUCAUCGUGCUCAUUGGAAGCAAAUCGUCUUGCUAUGCCAUUAUCAUCCCACACAAGCGAACUCCGAUCAGCAUCCAACUCUCUACCAGCAUCGAGAAGCUCCAAAUAUUUGUGGACAAGCUCCAUCGCACAGAUAGUCCAGCGCUCAAAAAAGCCUUGACGGAGUUGUGGGAUGACGUCGUCUGCCCGGUGGUCGAGAAUCUGGACGGAAUUGCACCACGAGGAUCUCGAAUAUGGUGGUGCCCGACAUCUGUCUUCAAUUUCUUGCCGUUGCACGCCGCUGGCGAGUACAGGCAACAAGGACGGUUCCUUUCACACCUCUACAUAUCUUCAUACACGCCAUCGCUCACCGCGCUGAUCAAGGCUCGCAGAAGUCAUGACAGGUCCCCAUCGGUACCCUUCGUUGCGAUUGGUCAGGAUCACCCAGCCGGUGCCUCAUCCACCUUGGAUGCUGUGGAGCCUGAACUGGAAUUUGUGCGAAACCUUUUGCCCCCUCCCCCAACUGUUUCGUUCUCUAAGAUCACCAGUGUUGAUGCCACGAAAUCGAGAGCACUGUGUGCAUUGCGAGACAAUAGUUGGCUUCAUCUUGCGUGUCAUGGGACACAGAACAUUGCCGAACCCUUCAAAUCGGCCUUCCUUAUGCGCGACGAGCCGCUUUCGCUCCUAGACAUCACACAAACAGAUCUGUCUCGGCAUCAAUUUGCGUUUCUUUCUGCCUGCGACACCGCAGUGGGUGACCGCAAUACUCCUGAUGAAGUGAUACACCUAGCGGCUGGCCUGCAGUUCGCCGGGGUCAAAAGUGUCAUUGGAACAUUAUGGAAGGUCGAUGAUAGUACGGUGGAGCGCUUAGUCAAGGCAUUCUACGAAAACUUUUGCGGGGAUGGCACGAUGAACUCCAAACGAGCAUCCCGGGCGCUGCACCGAGCGGUGUAUUCGCUAGGUUCUGACCAAGACAUACCUUUGGAGCAGCGCAUAUUGUUCGUCCAUAUUGGCAUAUGA